UUUUUCAUUUAUUUAUUCCGUCUUUGAACUCCUUCCUUCUUGUACACACACAAGCAGUCCACCAGCGCCACCGUAUUUUUUCCCCAUCGUCGAGCUCUACCUCCAACAACCGAUCCUCUAACUGCCACCUCUAUCGUCUCAAUACAAUGGCUGCAAUAACAACAACACGGUUCCCAACUUCACUCCAUUCAAAUUCAAAAGGCAUCAGCAAAAACAGAGCAACGAUUUCAUCAACUUUCAGAAUCAGAUGCAGCAACGCACAGAGCCCCGUCACACUCACCUUCACAAAUGAGCCACAACCAGUGUUUUCAUCCGUCAAAGCCUUUGCUCCGGCGACUGUAGCGAAUCUAGGACCAGGUUUCGAUUUCCUAGGUUGCGCAGUUGAUGGUAUUGGCGACACAGUUUCAAUUAGGGUUGAUCCUAAUGUUCACCCUGGCGAGAUAUCCAUCUCUGAAAUUUCACCUAACAUCAGCAAACUCAGCAAAAACCCUCUCUGGAAUUGCGCCGGUAUCGCCGCAAUCGAAGCGAUGAAAAUGCUAGGUAUUCGAUCCGUUGGUCUUUCACUUUCACUGUAUAAGGGUUUACCUUUAGGGAGUGGGUUGGGGUCUAGUGCGGCAAGCGCAGCUGCAGCCGCAGUUGCAGUCAACGAGUUAUUCGGUAAAAGAUUAACCGUUGACGACCUCGUUUUAGCUUCGUUGAAAUCAGAAGAGAAGGUUUCAGGUUACCAUGCUGACAAUGUUGCACCAUCGAUCAUGGGUGGUUUCGUUCUCAUAAGCAAUUAUGAACCGUUGGAAUUGUUGAGGCUGAAAUUCCCUUCUGAAAAAGAGCUUUUUUUUGUACUUGUAACACCUGAAUUCGAAGCUCCGACGAAGAAGAUGAGGGCUGCAUUGCCUUUGGAGAUAGGGAUGCCACACCAUGUGUGGAAUUGUAGUCAGGCAGGUGCUUUGGUGGCAUCUGUGUUGAAUGGGGAUGUAGUUGGAUUGGGGAAAGCCUUGUCGUCGGAUAAGAUUGUUGAGCCGAGACGUGCACCGUUGAUUCCAGGGAUGGAUGCUGUUAAGAAGGCAGCCAUUGAAGCUGGAGCAUUUGGCUGCACCAUCAGCGGUGCCGGACCUACAGCUGUUGCUAUCACAGAUGAUGAGCAAAAGGGUCAUCUCAUUGCCAAACAGAUGAUUCAGGCUUUUCAUAAGGAAGGAAACUUGAAGGCUUCUGCUAAUGUCAAGCAGCUCGAUCGCGUCGGUGCUAGACUUAUUAGUAGCGAUCACCUUUGAUUUCGUUGUAGCUUGUGAGUAGAGACUUGUAGAUUCCCAAAUUGGAUUUUUCUAUGCUUCUCGAUGGAGUGGCAUUGUACGUGCUGACUUGUUAUGUGUAUUUGAUCAAAGAAGCAACAUUGUUGUGUGGGGGUUUGAAUAAAAAGAGAAACAUUAAAACCAAGCUGGGAGCUGCUAGAUAGAUGAAUAGUAAUAAUAAUUAUGAAAGACAUGCAUCAGGUCACAAAAGGCAUGUUUUAAGAGAUAGCUCAAUAAGAAAUCGUUUGUAGUCUUUCCUUAUUUUUCUGUUAGUUUUGCUUUUGAAUAGUAUGUAAAAGGUUUUUUUUACGUACCAUUUCAGUGCCAAAAUUUUGUAGUUCUUUCCCGGUAAAACUUAAAGAAAAUGUGCGGAGGCUCACAUCAGGAAUGGAUUUUAAUUUGAAAGUUCGCUUCUGGGCUGAUGUAAUGGUUGUUUGAUUAAUCCUUACAGCUUGUUAUUCAAGAUUUUAUUGAACUUGCAGUAUUUGAAUGAAAAAUAGGUCAAUGUUACACAA